GUAGUCUUACAGAGGGGGACUGCCGCCCGCACAGCUCACAUCCAUCACUUCCGGGUUACCAGACGAAAACUCCAGGGAAACCGAGACUGAGCAAUGGAUGACAGGUUACUCACUCAGGCAGAUAAACUGGCGACCUCAAUGGGAAAGAAGCAAAACAAAAAAAAAAUGGAAGAAGUAGUGGACGAGGAAGAGGAGGAGUAUGUGGUGGAGAAAGUUUUAGACAGACGGAUGGUAAAAGGGAAAGUUGAAUAUCUACUUAAAUGGAAAGGCUUCUCUGACGAGGACAACACGUGGGAGCCGGAGGAGAACCUGGACUGCCCUGACCUGAUUGCCGAGUUCCUGCAGUCACAGAAAACCGCUCAUGAGUCUGAGAAAGAUGGUGGAAAACGCAAAGGUGAUUCAGACACAGAGGUUGGGGAGGAGAGCAAGCCAAAGAAAAAGAAAGAGGAGGCUGAGAAACCUCGUGGCUUCGCUCGGGGUUUGGAGCCAGAGAGGAUAAUUGGAGCUACUGACUCUAGUGGGGAGUUGAUGUUCUUGAUGAAGUGGAAAAACUCGGAUGAAGCAGAUCUUGUCCCAGCCAAGGAAGCCAAUGUGAAGUGCCCCCAGGUAGUGAUCUCUUUCUACGAGGAGCGACUGACGUGGCAUUCCUAUCCCUCCGAAGAUGAGGACAAGAAAGAAGAAAAAAACUGAGUGCCCAGCAUAUGCUAUGAACACCAGCCUCACGUGGUUUGGUGAGAUUUUACACACCUCUAACUCCCAUGACAGGAAGUGGGAGAGUACCUGCAGGAUUCAGUCUGUCCUGGAGCCUUGGUCUGUAUUUUCCAUAGAUUGGGUUUUAGGGAAGUGUCAACCGGUGCAUAGCUCAGGAGACACUGCACCCUACAAGCUUCUCCUCCUCCUUCCCGAUAGUGUUACAAACUGCAUUUUUACUGAGUAGCAUGUAAUGUUUGGCUAUUAGUGAUGUCUGUCAAGACGUUGGUCACGGGGUAGGGAGGGGGAAUGGGAUAAAAUGGUUUUAUUUUAUAUUUUAAUCUUUUUAAAGAAGAGAGAGAAAAAAAAUACUACCAACUGACAAGGAUCCUUCAGCCUAUUUACUGCCAGCAGUUCAGUUUCUGGGUCUUUGCUGUAUGGACCAUCCAGAAGAAGGGAAAAAAAAAAAGUGGAUUUGGGUGGAAACAUCUCCCUCUCCUUGGUCCUCUGAGACAGAACGUGGAACAAGUUCUGUUCAUGUUUUAUAACUAUUCCAAAUCAUGAACCAUUUAGUUUUCUUUAGCUCUCUGGUCCUGGUUACAUAUUCCGGAAUCACCUACAGAAUCAUUGUAUCAAUUGUCUUUUUAAUUUUAAUUUUUUUUUAGCAUGUGUUUAGGGUUCCGUGAAACAUUAACUGUAAAGUAAAUCGUAGAUAGCAUUUUGUCAGUCUGUUGUCCUAAUAAAACUUUUAGAUUUAU